AUGCGGCGUCCCGAUCUUCGCAUCAACGUUCCGGAAGCUACCCCUUCAUCCACGCCGGCGAUCUCCUACGCGAGCUCGCCGGUGACUGUACCCUCUUCUUUGCCGUCACCUUCGCCAUACUCGCCCACAGAGUCGUUCGGAGAACAGGACGUAGCUGACUUUCCCGAAGAUGAGAAAGAGCAAUCUGUUCGCCCUUCUGCUCCGGAGCCGACAUCCAAACCACGGCUCAUGCGGACUCCUGUGACUCCCCAAGAUUUGCCCACUGCUGUGCUGCCCCCCGCCUAUACCGACUAUAAGCGCCCACGUCCCACCACUGCAUUGCUGUUUUCCGCUCUCUCCACCAAGGAUAAGUGCACGCUGCUCUUUCCCGCAAUAUGCAUCUCCCUCGUCCUUGGCGGCUCAGCCCCUUUCAUGACUCAAGUUAUCGGCGAGGCGUUCGACGCGUUCGCCAACUUUCCCGUGACCGGUGCUACGUCUGCAGACGCGAGCACGCUCUUUCGCAGUGUAGGGAUCACCUCCGCCGAGCUGGGCGGGCUGGCGGUCGGAGUCAUGGCUGUGAGCUGCACGGGAAGCAGCCUGUGGGUGAGAUGCAGCGAGCGCGUGUGCAGGACAAUCCGGGAACGCGUCUUUGUGAGCGUUGUUGGCAGGGAGAUGCAGUGGUUCGAUAUGCAAGCUACGCAAGAAGGAGGUGAUAUAAAUGCCGGCGGCAUGCAGGCAAAGUUCACUGAAGAUACGGAGCACGUCCGUAUUGCCAUUUCUCAGCGCUUUCCGCAAGUCAUCGAACAUUUGACCACUACGCUAAUCGCGCUCGUCCUCGCGUUCGUGCGCUCCCCACUGCUGUCGCUGCUCAUUUUAUCCGCAAUCCCGGUCAUGCUCAUCUCCGACGGAACGCUCCAGCGCUUUUCUUCCAAGGACGCGGAGGCUUUCGAAAGUCUCAAGAUGCGCAUUCCUUCUUUCCUCAGCAGCACCUUAGACAACAUCGCGACCGUCAAGGUGUACAACGGUGCCGAACCUACUAUAUCUUAUCUGACGGCGUUGCUCGGCCACAGGGAGCGAGAAGACAACCGACAAUCUGCCUUCUGGGCAGUCCGACAAGGCACAAACAAGUUCAUCAUUUCCGGAACCUUCGUCACUGCCUUCUGGUUUGGUGCUCGUCUUGUUCAGGAGGGCAAGCUGUCCCCUGGCAGCGUGAUGAGUGUCUUUUGGGCGUGCCUAAUCGCUUCCUCUAACGCGCAAAUGUUGCUGGAGCCGGUGGCCGAGUACCUCAGGGGAAAGGAAGCCAUGGUACGGCUCGUGGAACUUGUAGAGCCCGGCCCAAUUGAGAUGGACGAAACGGCAUACGAAGCGGCCCUGGCGCAAGGCGAGGAAGAUGUGCAUGAGGAGGAUCUGCCACCGUACGAGUUUCCGCGCCACAGCAGCUUUGAUGGCCAGGACGUCACGGACGAGCGCGAUCUUGAAGCUGGCCUCCCCACGCCCCGCCCGCGCCCCCGGUCCUUAGUCCGCAGUCUAAUCGAUUUGACAGUUGCUCGCAAGCCAUCGCGCGCCUUUUCAACCACUUCGGUCAAAACGUUUAUCUCCCGCCCCAGCAUCGCAUCCAUGCGUUCCCAGACACGUGCUCGUGUUUCUUCUAGUUCAAGCACGUGCAACUCUCGCUCGAAUCAGCCUAAGGGCGCCAUCGACAUCUCCCACCUGACGUUCUUCUACCCAUCGCGUCCCUGGCCACCAGCCCUCGAGGAUGUUAGUGUCUUCUUCCCCGCUGGGGAGCUGACAUUCGUUGUUGGCGGCUCUGGAUCUGGCAAGAGCACCCUCGCUACCCUUCUCGUUGGGAUGUACAAUUUUCCUCCUGUCCAGGACAACAGCUUGGGGGUCAUCACCGUGGACGGUGUCCCCCUUAUCGAUGGUGCAGAACUUAGAGAACGCGCUGCGUUAGUGCAGUUCGGCGGGGGUGUCGUGUUUGACAUGAGCGUCCGCGAUAACGUCUGCAUUGCUGCAUCCGAUCCUUCGAACGUUAGCGAUGAGCUAGUGCAAGAGGCAUUGAGAAUGGCGAUGAUGCACGAAUGGGUCGAAUUUCUUCCUGGAAAACUCGGUUGUCUUCUUGGGGAAUCCGCUGCUGGACAGAAGCUUAGUGGUGGGCAACAGCAACGGCUUGCCCUGGCUCGUGCGCGUGUACGCGACCCUGAAGUGCUUAUCCUGGACGAAGCCACCUCUCAUCUCGACAUCUCCUCCCGUUUUCUGGUCUUUUCUGCGUUGCGUCACUGGCGCAGGGGCAAAACUACGAUCGUUAUCACCCAUGACCUGUCUGAGCUCUCCCCCUCCUCAUUCGCCUACGUCCUCAAGGACGGUCGCGUCGUAGAGCAAGGCUUCCGGCGUGACCUCGAGCAAGUCGAAGGCGGCGAGUUUGCACGGAUGGCGGCUGAGCAGGCGGGCGGGUGUGGAGCAGCUACCCAGAGCAUCGACGACGAGGAAUACGGAUGGCAAGGUUGGGAUGCGAUGGCGGAGGAGGCGGAGGAUACCAGAAUCUCUCGAUGGCGCAAGCACACGACGAUGCAGGUCGGCCACCUAAAGAAUGCUAUUUCUGAUCUGCUCCACCGGCAUCCUGAACACCAGCUUGGGGAUCAAGAAGAGGAUAGGAUCGCAGAUCGCGAACAAACCCCUUCACCGCUGCCCAAACAUCGUUCCAGAUUUCUCCCCUUUCUUCCUCGGCCGAAACGGGCGAGUGCUCUUCCCCAGAUCCCUUACCCACGUCGCACAGCCGCGCCGGAGCCAGAGCCAUUUUACAACCUCAUGGGAGCAUCACUCGAGUCGAUAUCGGAUGGAGGUGAGGACGCAACGAACGACUAUGAAGUGGAGUAUCUACGCCAAACUGGUGCAGCCGUACGUACGAAGCGCAGGGCGAAGUCGACGCACAGCGAACGAAGGCGCUGGACUGAUUACGAGGUUGAGCAAGCAACCAAGGAGAUCGAAAUCGUCGUUCAGGAUCGUGCAGCUGCCCUGAUACCGCAGCCAGAUCCAGUCGUACCCGCAUGGACAGUUAUCAAGCGUCUUCUACCCCUCGUUCCACAUAAGUGGGUACUCGUACUCAGUCUGUUUUCUGCUGUCGCCAAUGGUGCUACUACCCCUCUGUUCUCAUUCUUCCUCGCCCGUCUCCUCGCUCAGGUCGCUCUUGGUGCAGAGGCAAUGGAUUUCACCGCUGUGACAAUUGCCGGUUGUACCGUGCUUGGUGUCAUCUUCGGCGAUGGCUUGACUAUGGCUUUGAAGAUCUUCGGCACAGAGUAUGUCGGUCACGCAUGGCUCACCAAGAUUCGAUCUCGCAUGAUUGGUCUCGUCAUGAAACAGGACAAGACAUGGCACGACGAGAACCCAUAUCAUAAGGUUGUUCCCGUCGUCGAGAAUGCCGCAACCGACGUGUCGGAGCUCAUCGCACAGGUUGCUCCCCAGUUUGUGACUGCUGCUACAAUGCUCGGUGGUGCCAUGGUGUGGGCAGUCAUUAUUGGCUGGCAACUCGCCUUGGUCGGAUUUGGUCUUGCGCCCCUAUUUGUGCUUGCUGCCGUCGGUCAGUUUAUCCUUAGCAUCGAGGCACAGCGUGUGGGUGCAAAGAGCAGGGAAGUCAUCUCCGAACAGUACUGCAACGCCAUCCGGAACAUUCGCGCGAUCCGUGGCCUCGGUCUUGAGGAAACGUUUAGGAAGCAGUUCGUUCUGAUUCUGGACAGUGCUGUGAAGACUGGUAUAUCGCGCGCCUGGCUCGUGGGCUGCGCCUUCGGCUUACUCAAUGCGCUUAUCUUCAUCUCCGAAGCCGUGCUCUUCCUUGUCGCUGCAAAACUUGUUUCUGUAGGCUUGUACACGUAUGGCUCUAUGGUGCAAGUCAUGACACUCGUCGUGUUCUCGAUCACGAAUGGGGCACAGGUCCUGCAGGUCAUUCCGGUCAUGACAAAAGCGAUCCAUGCUGCUGGCGGGAUCCUGAAGCUGCUUGACCUCGAAAAGAGCACUCCCUCGGAUGCGUCUGAAACUGUUGAAUUGAAAACUGACGGCGUCAUUCGGUUCCAGGAAGUCGAGUUUGCAUACAAGUCUCGCGCAGAAAACCCGAUCCUUAAGCAAGUCAACUUCGAGAUCAACCCUGGCGAGUGUGUCGCACUGGUUGGCUCUUCUGGAUGUGGUAAAACCACUGUCAUUGCUCUACUUCAACGCCUGUACGAGCCGAUCAGUGGCAACAUCUGGCUGGAUCAGCAACCGCUGUGGGACGGUGACGCCUCCAAGAUGCGCCGACGCAUUGCUGUGGUGACGCAGCAAACGGCUGUCUUCCCCACCUCAGUCAAGGAGAACAUCUCUUAUGGCCGCUUUGAUAUUCCCUUGGAGCGCAUUGUCGCCGCAGCAAAGGAUGCGAACAGUCAUGACUUCAUCAUGCAGCUGCCCGAGGGGUACGAUACGCCGAUCGGCAAGGGCAACGGCGAGCACGACUUGAGCGAGGGGCAGAAGCAAAGGCUAGGGAUCGCCCGCGCACUCGUAAGGGAAGCAGAUAUUUACAUCUUCGACGAGUGCACCGCGAGCCUGGACGCGCUGAACGAGUCUGCAAUUCUGAAAACCCUUCGCGCAGUCACGCCUGGCAAGACAGUUGUGAUGAUCACCCACAAGUUGCAGAUCAUGCAGAUGUGUGAUCGCAUUUUGUGCUUGCAGGACGGCGAGAUCGCUGAGCAGGGCUCAUUCGACGACCUGAUGGCUAGGAGAGGGCCUUUCCAUAACCUUACUACUGCGGCCGAGUGGGUUAAUUGAGGCAACAUUAUCUUGUUUACUGUACAUGUUCAUUGUUUUCCAUUUCUCUGCAUCUCGACACGAUUUCUUGCAUCUCCUCUCUACCUUUGCAUCGUUCUUUCUUUGCAUGGUUUCGGGCUGUAUAGCUUGGUUGUCUCUCUCUUCUUUCCUUUCUUCUGUGC